GUUAUUGUCCUUUUUUUCUCCUUGUAUUAUUCUCUCCCUCUUCCUCUCUCCCUCCUAAUCCUCUCUCUCUAUACCAUCUUUCUUUUUCUUUCUUUCUUUGAGGGGGGGAUCUAAUGGCAAAAGAUAUGAAUCUGUCCAUAAAUGGCCAAUCCCAGGUUCCUCCCGGCUUCCGAUUUCAUCCAACGGAAGAGGAACUUCUUCACUACUACCUCAGGAAGAAAGUUGCGGAUGAGAAGAUUGACCUUGAUGUCAUCCGCGAAGUUGAUCUUAACAAGCUCGAGCCAUGGGAUAUUCAAGAGAUGUGCAAGAUUGGAUCCACCCCACAGAAUGAUUGGUACUUCUUUAGUCACAAAGACAAAAAGUAUCCAACGGGGACUCGAACAAAUCGUGCCACAGCAGCUGGAUUUUGGAAGGCAACAGGCCGAGAUAAGAUCAUCUACAGCGGCUUUAGAAGAAUCGGACUGAGGAAGACUCUGGUGUUCUACAAGGGAAGAGCUCCACACGGACAAAAAUCAGAUUGGAUCAUGCAUGAGUAUAGGCUAGAUGAAAGCGUCCACGAAACUAGCGUUUCUAAUUCAGUAGGAGAGUCAAUGAUGGGGGAAGACGGAUGGGUGGUUUGCCGGGUAUUCAAGAAGAAGAAUUUUCAGAAAGCCCUAGAGAGUCCAAAAGCCUCGCCAAUCUCUAUGGAAACAAACACUCAGAUAAGAAAUGACGGGGUGCUGGAUCAAAUACUAUUGUACAUGGGAAGGAGUUGCAAGCCGGAAAACGAACCAUUCGGAAAUCUUAACAUCUCCGACAACACUGGCACAAACAACAUGAUAUUUCUGACAGCAAAGCAUACAAGCAGUAGCAUCGGUGAUCAUCAUCAUCAAGGGCAGCUCCAUGAUAGAUUCAUGCAUCUCCCACGGCUAGACAGCCCAACCCUUCAUUCUCUACCCAUGAGCAACUCAUCCCCCUUCGAUCAGGAUCAUGAUCAUGAUCAUGAUCACCACCACAGCCUCAAAGCUUGCUAUCAAUCAUUUGACGAGAUGCUCACAGAAACCGAACCUUCUUUCACCAACCAAGCCGGUGGCUGCAGUGAGACGACCCCAGGUGAUGAUGACCCGAAAACAAGGCUUAAUGACUGGGUCGCGUUUGAUAGGCUGGUGGCGUCACAGCUUAAUGGGCAAGAAGAGACAGCAAAGCAAUUAUCCUGCUUCACUGACCCCAACAUGGCUUUCUGUCCUCCUCCUGAUGACGACGUCGUACAAUUAUCUACAGACAUACGUUCAAGUAGGCUAAGUCAAAUCUCUAAUGUCUACAAUAGCGCCAAUGAUAUAUGGAGCUUCACCAAAUCAUCAUCAUCACCGUCGUCUACAUCGGAUCCCUUAUCCCACUUGUCUGUAUAACCUAAUAAGACUACUACUCUUGAUCUUCAUCAUCAUCAUAUAAAUUUUACAUAGUAUAUUUUCAUAAAGUCUAGGUGUAUGUAACAGACAGCGAACGAACACAUGAUGUAUUGCAAGAAAU